CUUGGUUUGAGUUUGGCUGCCUUGCUCGAGUAUUUCAUUGACCCACUUGCUCCUUCCACUCGUUUCUGUCUAUCCUCUCCCCUGCGGCAGCGAUGUCUAGCACCUCACAGCAGGUGGCGACUUCGGCUUCCACGGCUACCUUCGUCACUGCGUUGGUAUUCAACGCGGCAGUCUUUGGAGCUGAGAUCGUUAUCUUUACGCUGCUACGUCCAUAUUUCAAACAAAUAUACGAGCCCCGCACAAUUCACCCGAUCGAAAACCAACGCGUCAAACCUUUCAAUGGUGGUUUAUUCUCUUGGCCUAUCGCCCUCUUCAAAUCCGACUAUCGUGAUGUCGAACGCGUUAAUGGACCAGAUGCUUAUCUUUUUGUACGAUUCCUCCGGAUGAUGGUCCGCAUCCUUUUGCCUAUAUGGAUCAUAUCUUGGGCUGUACUCCUACCUCUCACCUCAGCCAACAACUCUGUUGCUGGGAAAACUGGUCUUGAUCUGUUCACGUUUGGUAAUGUAUCUCCAUCCAAUCAACCACGGUACGCUGGACACUUGGUUUGUGCCUACCUGUUUACUUUUUGGAUCUAUUGGAAUAUCAAGCGCGAAAUGCGCCACUUUGUGACUGUUCGCCAACUCCAUCUCGUCGACCCCAAGCAUUCUCGUUCCUCGCAGGCCAAUACGGUUUUGGUCACCGGCAUCCCAGCUAAGUUUCUCUCAGAGAAGGCUCUAGAGCAGUUAUACUCCCACCUUCCAGGUGGGGUGAAGAAGGUUUGGCUAAACCGAAACUUAAAAGAUCUACCUGCUGUCUAUGACCGUCGCCUGUCGGCAUGCAAAAAGCUGGAAUCUGCAGAAACAAACUUGAUUCGCACUGCCAUCAAGAUCCGUAAUAAGAAGUUGAAGGGGGGAGAGAAAGUCGACGAAGCCUAUAACAUCAAUCCGGACCAGGCUGAACGUGAUGUUGCCCUGGCGGAAAGGCUCGUUCCAAAAGCAAAGCGUCCCACCCAUCGCCUCCCUCCUCGUUUUCUUCCAUUCUCCCUUCCCUUUAUUGGCGAAAAGGUCGACACCAUAGAGUGGGCUCGCAACGAGAUCGUCAUUUGCACUACUCAACUCCGCGAAGCUCGUCAGGUUCUCGUAGAACAAUCGAACCUGCCUGCACCGGAUGACGUUGACGGAGAUGGCAGGAUCACCCGUGAAGAUUUACCUGUUCAAACGUACCCUCCUCUCAACUCGGCCUUUAUCACUUUCAAGAAACAGAUUGCCGCGCACAUGGCGUACCGCAUGCUGACACAUCACGACCCUUACCGUAUGGCCGAUCGUUACCUCGAAGUCUCUCCGGUGGACAUCAUCUGGGGUAACCUUGCAAUGAAUCCAUAUGAGAAACGUGUUCGAAUGGCGAUCAGUUACGCAGCUACUGCUGCCUUGAUCAUAUUCUGGGCGAUUCCCGUUGCCUUCGUUGGUAUCAUCUCUAACAUCCACGGGCUCUGUGUUCGUGCUAGCUGGCUUGCAUGGCUGUGUACGAUUCCUUCGCCAGUUAUCGGGAUAAUUCAGGGUAUCUUGCCCCCGGUGUUGCUCGCCGUCCUAAACAUGCUACUCCCCAUAGUUCUCCGCAUGCUAGGGAGCUUCCAGGGUAUCCCAACGCGUACUGGCCUGGAACUGAGCUUGAUGACACGGUUUUUCAUUUUCCAAGUUAUUCACUCAUUCCUAAUUGUAACCUUGAGUUCCGGUAUUAUUGCUGCACUCCCGUCGCUUUUGCAGAACCCGAGUUCUGUGGCAACUUUGUUGGCGGCGAAUCUUCCUCAGGCGUCCACCUUCUUCCUCACGUUUAUUGUCCUACAGGGACUUUCCGGGGUGGCAGGCAGUUUUCUGGCUGUUGUCCAACUCGUGUUGUACUAUGUCAAGCUGUUCAUUCUGGGAAGUACCCCCCGUUCCAUAUACGACAUCAAGUUCGGGCCGAGGAGUGUUGCGUGGGGCACGUUGUUCCCUUCGAUUACAUUGCUGACCGUCAUUACUUUCGCUUACUCUGUCAUCUCCCCGAUCAUCAACGGAUUUUCCGUAGUCACCUUCUUCCUCUUCUACCUCCUCUACAAAUACUUGUUCCUGUAUCAAUACACUCAACCUCCCCAACUGGAUACGGGUGGACUCUUCUUCCCCCGAGCGAUCCAACACGUAUUUGUGGGCUUGUAUGUACAGCAGAUCUGCCUUUGUGCGCUGUUCUUCCUAGCACAGGAUUCGUCUGGGAAGCAAUCCGCUAUUCCGGAGGGAGUAAUCAUGGUGGUUCUCAUCGCGUUGACAGCUGGCUACCACAUUAUUAUCAACGAAUCUUACGAGCCACUUAUCAGCGCUCUGCCACUUAGCAUCGCCGAUAAGACAGCCACCGAUCUUGAGGAACCCGCCCCCAGCGAUGCACGCGCGUCCACCUCCGCGGAUGCUUCCAGUAGCAACAAGUGGAAGGCUACCAAGGGCGAUAACACCACUGACGACGAUAGGGAACGCGAAGAACAAGAGCUCGACGACUACUACUUCCAGAAAUUGUCGGAUGGUGCUCUUGAUUAUGGCUUUGCUCAUCCCGCAGUGUCUAGGCCCCAGCGUGCGGUGUGGAUCCCCGAUGAUUCAGAAGCGUGGGCUAGUGCUGCCAGUGAAGGCUCAGCAGAAGUGGAGGGAAGCGGACGCAAGAGGGGUCUCGGUCCUGCGGAAGUGGAAGCUAACUCCUCGCACGGUGUCUUGGCAACGACUGAGGGCACUCAGAUGGACGCCAAAGGACACUUGGAGGUCUCCGAGGCUCCGGUGGACAUGGAUAAAUUUUAAGGGUUGCAACGAGUAGGCGUUUACGACUGAAUUGUGUUCAUUGAUUUGUUGCAUAGUACUAAUUUUUCUUACAUAAGUUCACGAGUUCAUGAAAGUUGACUGUUUUUUCUUCUGGAUG